UUGAUUUUCGGAGACGGCCCUGCAAAGGAGGGAGUGCAAUCAUUUUGUUCUACCUGUUUUCUAUCAUGUUAAUCCCACAGAUGUUCGGAACCAAACAGGAACUUUUGUCAUUGAAGCCAAACCUUCUUCAAGGUGGACAAAUGACAACGUAAGCAAGUGGAGGAAAGCUCUUAUGCAGGUUGCUGAUUUGACCGGGUUAGAGGUUGUUAUUGGGCCUGAAACAAGCGUGUUGAAGAAUAUUGUUAAUACAAUUUACAAUAAGGUAGAUGGCAAAGAACUUCAUCUUCCACUAAAUUUAACUGGGAUGCCAACCCGUUAUAACGAGAUCGAUUCCUGGUUAGAUGAGUGCAAUCUUAUGUUUUUAGCAAUUUAUGGUAUGGGUGGAAGUGGCAAGACAACAUUGGCCAAAUAUAUAUAUAUAAUUUAAAUCGGAGAUCUUUCGAGUACGCGAGUUUUGUUGAAGACAUUGGUAGUAGAUGUAAAGGACCCAAUGAUUUAAUUCAACUACAAGAACAACUUCUUAAAAAUAUUUUAGGGGGUACAAAGAGAAAAAUACACUCUGUUUCUCAAGGUACGUGUAUGAUUGAAAAAGCCUUGCAAACUAAAAGGACUCUCAUUGUUCUUGAUGACAUUGUUGAAUAUAGUAAGUUAGAUGCUUUAAUAGGAACUGUGGAGAUUAAGGCACAGAGCAAGAUUAUAAUUACAACAAGGGGAAACAAUAGAGAUAACCAGUUUGACUUUCGACAUAGAAAGUGUCAAAAGUACAAAAUGAGAUUGUUAAGUGAUGAUGAAUCGUUAGAGCUUUUAUGUCGUCAUGCCUUUGGAUCCGAAAUUCCCAUGGCGGGAUUUGAGGGGCUUGUACUAAAAGUGGUACAAUAUUGUGAAGGAAAUCCACUAGCUCUUAAAGUGUUGGGCUCAUCUUUAUCCGAAAACAAUACCAUCCACUAUUGGAGAAGUCAAUUGAAAAAACUGAAAAAGGAGAUGCAUUCCGGAAUUCAAGGUGUACUCCAAAGGAGCUACACAUCAUUACCAUAUAACUCUGAGAAAGAGUUGUUUUUACAUAUUGCUUGCUUCUUUGUUGGCAAAGACCUGGAUUAUGUAGUACAGAUAUUGGAGCCUGAUUACUCAGCAGCAUCUGGGAUCAAAACCUUAAUUAACAGAUGUCUUCUUUAUGUUUCAAGUAACAAAGUGCUCAUGAUGCAUAGAUUGGUUCAAGAGAUGGGGAAAAGCAUAAUCCGUCAAGAAUCCGCUAAGUGCCCUGCAAAGCGUAGUAGAGUCUGGCUUAGUAGUGACUCUUAUAAGAUAUUGAGCAAAGGAGAGGGUUCAAAAACGGUAGAAGGUUUAGCACUCGAUAUGCAUAUGCUGCUGAAAAAGAAGUUUCCAUGGAAGUCAUUACACCUUAAAACAGACGCACUUAACAAGAUGAAUCAUCUAAAACUGCUCCAGCUAAAUUUUGUUGAACUCAAUGGCUCAUGUGAGAAAUUUUCUGAAGAUUUAAGAUGGCUAUGCUGGCUUGGAUUCCAUUUAAGAUACAUACCCUCUGGCUUAUACAUGGGAAACUUGGUGGCUAUAGAUAUGAGUUAUAGCAAACUAAAAUUAUUUCAACCCCCUAUGGUUCUUUGGUCAUUGAAGAUUCUAAAUCUUAAAGACUCACACAACUUAUCUGUAAUCCGCAACACAUUCAAUAUCCCUCGUCUUGAGACAUUAAUUCUUUGGAACUGUUACAGUUUGGUUAUUGUUUGUGAACACCUUGGAGACCUUUCACAUCUUCAAUUAUUAAACAUGACAGGAUGUAAAAACGUAGGCAGUUGGAAGCAAAUGAAUCUGUUAGGUACUUCUAAUUCUGAUGGAGUUACAAGAGAAUCUGCAGUUUCCUUCCCUGUUUCAUUACAUCGGUUAUUCCUAGAUGACUGCAAUCUUGAAUGCACCGAUUCUUUUCCUAUGAGUUUAAGUGAUCAAUGUUAUUUGCAAUACUUGAAUUUAGGGAAUAGUCAAUUUGAGUCCUUGCCUUGCUAUGAUCAUCUGAAAAAUCUUAGGGUUCUUGACCUGAGUUUUUGCUCCAAACUCAAAUGUCUUAUACGUCUCCCUAGUACACUUGCAGAAUUGUAUAUAUUUGGCUGUGAGUUACUAGAGAGAAUAACUUUUCAAUCACCUCGAUUCACUUUACGAGAGUUCGGUUAUUUAGGUUGUAUUCAUUUGUAUGAAGUUGAAGGCUUUAUCAAAUUGGUACCAGUAGCUAAACUAGAUGAAGCUGAUUUGGGACACAUGAAGUGGCUAAAAAAAUAUGAAAAACACGAGGUGUGCCUUGUUGGUGAUGAUGAGCUCACAGUAGGCAGAAGUUGGCAUAUCCAGAUGUUGUAUGAAUUCAAUAUCAUGAGCACAUCUCUUCCAGACAUAAAGGAUCCGAACAUGAGAACUGAGUAUAUGUCAAAUACAUCUUCUUUGUCCUUUGUUGUGCCUUCGUGUCCUGAAAAUAAGAGGCUCAAAGGAAUUAAUGUAACUUUCAAGUAUGCAAUAUCAAGUAAAGACUGGGCAUGGUUUUGUAAAAUCAGUACGAGUAAUGGUGUUGUUGAUUUCAUGUACAACCCUAAAGUCUAUGGCAAACCUGAAGUUGGUGAAGUAUGUAUAUGGUUAAGCUAUUGGCCUACUGGAAACAUGUUGGACACUGGAGACACAGUUAAUGUUUCUAUUGUUGUGUUGAGUGGAUUGGAGGUACAUGAAUGUGGUGCGAGUCUUGUGUACUCUGAUCAGGAAACCUUAGAAAAUAACAUGGAAUGGGAAGAAAUUUUGGGAGGAGAUUUGUCUGGCUUUCAACUAAGCACAGGGGCGUACUAUCUUUGCCGACGUGACUUCUUCGAGUUAAUGGAGGUUGGUAGAUUGUCUCGUGAUUGGUUUAGGAUUUUAGUUGGUGAUACCAUUGACUACACUGAGGUACGAGGAUGGAGAAAGACCGGUCGACCAAAACAUGUGAAUCCAUCAUUUACGGAAUUAGAAAUGGUUAGAUGCAUUAUCAAUAGUCCUGAAUUGUUAACUUCAAUAGAACAAACCAACCAGAAACCAGGCCGGCAACGGGCAACACAAACAAACAGUAAUUAA